AAGCUUGACGAAGACGUGUUGUCCACCAAACGAGUGUCAAAUGACGUCUCCCAGGUCUGGGACGUGUGUGAAGUCAUGUUAUCAAUUGAAAGCACAAUGUCAGAAGAAUGAAGAAUGUUGCAGCAAGCUGUGUAUAGACGGGAAGUGUGGAGAUGCAAGUGAGUGCAUCGCCCUCGGACAAUCUUGUACUGCAAGUAUGGAGAAGAAGUUUUGUCCACCAUAUGAAUGCCAGAUGAGCACUCUUAGAUCUGGAACAUGCGUCCAUAAUUGUCUCAAGAUGAGUUCACCGUGUAAGACGAAUGAAGAGUGUUGCAGCAACAGAUGUUUAUAUGGUAAAUGUCUGGACAAGAAAACAUUCGGAGAGAAGUGA